UUCCUCUUAUUUAAACUUGCCUCAGUUGCCUGCCAUAUUGAAAGUUUAAAAUUUUGAAAUAUCAGUUGACUGACACGUGCUUUGAAGAGUUUCUUUAAAAACCCAGUAAAUACGCUUACCAAAAGUUAUAUAAGAGAUGUCCGUAGUGGGUUUUGAUGUUGGGAACCAGUCUUGUUUUAUCGCGGUGGCGAGAGGUGGUGGAAUUGAAACUAUAGCUAAUGAAUACAGUGAUAGGCGGACACCUUCUUAUGUAUCUUUUGGUGAAAAGCAGCGCUAUUUGGGAGUUUCUGCUAAAAACCAGGAACGAACAAAUGUGAGGAAUACUGUGAGUCAGUUCAAGAGAUUGAUUGGGAAGAAAUUUUCUGAUGCAGAUAUACAGCAUGAACUGAAAACAAGGAUGAUUCCCUACACCAUUGUUGAACAACCUGAUGGAAAGAUUGGAAUCAAAGUCCAAUGUCUAGGGCAGGAAUCCAUAUUUAGCCCGGAGCAAGUCAUGGCAAUGUUGUUAACUUAUCUUAAAACAACAGCAGAAAAUGUUAUCUCUACUAAAGUUGCAGAUUGUGUAAUAUCGGUUCCAUGUUACUACACAGAUCAGCAAAGAAGGGCGAUGCUUGAUGCAGCCCAUACAGCAAGUUUAAACUGUCUGAGAAUAAUGAAUGAUACAACAGCAGUUGCUUUGGCGUAUGGUAUAUAUAAACAAGAUCUUCCUGAGGAGAAUGCUAAGUCAAGAAAUGUUGCAUUUAUUGAUUUUGGCCAUGCCUCGUUGCAGACAUCAAUUGCAGCUUUUAAUAAAGGAAAACUUAAGAUUCUAUCUACAGCGUCGGAUUCUAGUCUCGGUGGACGUGAUUUUGAUGAAAAACUGGUGGAACACUUUUGUGAUGAUUUUAAGACCCGUUAUAAAAUUGACGUAAAGGGGAACAAAAAAGCAUAUCUGAGACUUGAAGCGGAGUGUGAGAAGUUAAAGAAAGUGAUGAGUUCUAAUUCUGUUGAAAUACCCAUGGCUAUUGAUAAUUUUGUUGAUGAUAAAGAUGUCGUUGGAAGGAUGAAACGAGAAACGUUUGAAGAAAUGUGUAAACCGUUAUUCAUAAGAGUAGAAAAUUGUUUAAAACAGUUGCUCCAGCGUUCAGGAUUAAAGAAAGAAGAUGUGGAUGCUGUGGAGAUCGUCGGUGGAUCAAGCCGAAUACCCGCUGUUAAGAAUCGCAUUCGUGACGUUUUCAACAAAGAAACUAGUACAACUUUGAAUACAGAUGAAGCCGUGUCCAGAGGAUGUUCCUUGCAGUGUGCAAUGUUAUCGCCGGCAUUCCGUGUACGAGAUUUCAACGUACAGGAUGUUUCCUCCUAUCCAAUCAAACUCACGUGGGACUCAGUUGGAGGAGAAGAUUCUGGGUCAAUGGACGUUUGCGAUGAUGGCCACGCUUUUCCUUUCCUUAAGCAACUAACAUUUUAUAGAAGAGAAGCUUUUGAUUUGAGUGCAUUUUACUUACGUGAAAACUCUCCGGCACUAAUAGGUCGAUUUUCAGUCAAAAAUGUGACUCCAACAAAGGAUGGUGAAUCUUCAAAGAUCAAAGUAAAGAUUCGUAUGGAUAUUCAUGGUAUCUUCUACGUAUCUAAGGCGCAAAUGAUUGAAAAGAUUCCAUCCGACGACGAAGCUGCUUGUGAACCGAUGGAAACACAGCCUGUGGCGGAAACUGAGAAUCCUGAGAAGAAUGUCACCGAUGCAGCAGAAGAUGGUGUGAAAAAUGGACCACAGGGUGAAGAUGAACCUGAUGUGAAAAAGGAGGAUACACGACAACCUAUGGAUACAGACGAGGGGUUAAAAGAUCCUGCUCCUAAUACUGACAACACUGAUCAAGGUGAACCUAUGUCGGAGAACACCACAGAACAAGCUACAAAUGGCGCAGAAAAGCAAGAGACGCCUAAGAAACAAGAAGAACCCAAAUCUUCAAAGAAAAAGAAGCCAACGACAAAAACAGUCGAUCUUCAAGUUGAACAUUUCGUAUCAUCUCUGUCACAAGUUGAUUUGAACAAAGUUGUUGAGCGGGAGAAUGAAUUAAUAUCCCGUGACCGACAAGAAAAUGACCGUAUACAUGCAAUGAAUGCACUGGAGGAAUAUGUUCUUCAGACACGAAGUAAAUUAUAUAGUGAAUAUGAGACAUUUGUCACUGAUGAGGACAGGGGAUCGUUUGUAACGAAAUUGGAUGACGCCGAAGAAUGGUUAUACGAUGAAGGGGAAGACCAAAUAAAGAGCGUUUAUCAAGGAAAAUUAGAUUCACUAAAAAAAAUUGGUGAUCCUAUAAAUCUACGGUUUGAUGAAGCAAAAACCAGGCCUCAAGCAUUGGAGUCUUUCGGACACGAGAUUCAAUUGUGUCUAAAGUUUUUGGAUCUUUACAAACAAAAGGAUGAGAAAUAUGAUCACUUGGAAGCUAAUGAAAUUAAGAAAGUCGAAGAUGCUGUUUCAGAGAAGCAAAAAUGGUUGGAUGAAGUCUGGAAUAAAGUUAACAAGCAAGAACCUCAUGAAACACCUGCUGUAUUAACAGCUGCAAUACAAGAGGAGAAAAAGAAAUUUGAAAGUUUGUACACACCUAUUAUGAAUAAACCAAAACCUAAACCAAAGGAAGAGCCACCUAAGGACGAGAAGAAAGACGAGAAGAAGGAAGAGAAGGAGGAUAACAACGAUGAAACGAUUGAAGAUAAACCUGAGGCUGAGGAAAAUAAUGACAGUGAAGUAAAAGACGAAAAUCCACAAAAUAAUGAAAUGGACGUUGACUGAAUACCGUGAUCUGUCGAAAACAAGAAGCUUGCGUUAGUGUAAUGUGAAUAUUAUUCUCUGCUUUGCCCGCCAUGCGCUUAUUUGCAUUUUGAUAUCGUGCUUCACAAAUUAGACGCUGUCGUGUUAACGGUCAACCUUGACCAUUGCCUCUGUUUGAACGUCUGCUAGAUAUUUUCUUGAAGAUACAAAAUUUUGAAAAAUACACCGAAUGAAUCGAAUGAUACCAGAAUUUAAGAACUAUUAAAUACGUGAAUUAUGGCAAUACUUUUAAUUUACAUGCAUGUAAUUUAGAACAAAUAAGAAUUUUUAUCGCAUAUAGCGAAAUCACUGUUAUU